AUGCUGUCAUACAGUCUGUUGGUGUUGUUGGUGAUUGCUGUGGGAUGUCAUGUGUGUCAUGGGCAGUGUCAUACUGUGGCAUCAGACCUCAACACGCAGUGGCGAGGGGCGGAUGUCCUGGAACGAUACGGCAGGAAUUACUAUAAGAGUCUAGCACUAGGACCUGAAGAUACUUGUAUUAAAAGAAAGCGUUUCGCUUCAGUCUUCUCUGAAGCAGUGCUACAAUACUUUAAAAGCAACAUAACAGAUAGAGAUGAAGCUAUCAGGGAUGCUGUGGCAAAGACAGAGAAGGAAUUAUAUAAACCUGCAGAUGUUAUUGGCAGUGAAUUUAGAUCUGUAUUUACUUAUAUAUAUUCAUUUAUUGAUCAGCCUUUGACUGACGUACAAGCAGUUUGUCCUUACAAUAUCCGUGAAGCAGAAUGUGAAAAACGUUUUAAAGAGAUUCGAAAUGAACGUCUUAAACGAUGUCCUGGAUAUCGUUGGAAUGUAGAGCUUUACUCCACUUUUGUAUUCCUUGUUACUAAUUGUGGAUUCCAGAAUCUUAUAGUAGAAUUGAUGAGGGAGAGUGCUACUGGAGGUGAUUUGGAGGCAUUGAAUUUCUUUAUAGAAACCGCAGCUGUGAAAUUCUCGAAUGUUCUCCAGUUUAUGAAAGAUAUAUGGAAGGGUAUUCAACUUUUACCAUUAACAUGUAAAACAAUUUCUUUUCUUUGAAUGUGAUGAUGUAAAAAAAGUUU